CAGAAGCGUGGAAGUGCGAGAGAAGGAAGGAUGUAACGAUAGCUGAAACCUUUAUUUGUAUGGUACCUUAGCAGCGGCCACAAUGAGUCACCGCGGGUUCCUUGUGAUGGAUCCCUCUCCUGAGAAGAUCCAAGAGCGCAGGCCAAGAGGCCAUGGUGAGGCCAUGGCAUACUUUGAGAUCAGUCCUGUUCACAAGCAGAAAAAAAAGGUUGUUCAGGAGGAAGAAAUCCCCGUUCUACGCCUCACACACUUUACUCAUUCACCAAAGAUAAGCUUCGAAACGGUCAAGCUGGGUACAACACGUCAGAGAAAGCUUCGAGUACUAAACCCCAAAGAUCAGAAGCAGCUGUUUUUCUGUGAAAAGUUCCCUGGGGAAGACUCUGGUUUUGCUUGCUCAGAUCUGAAUCUAGAACUAGAACCAGCAGAGAGUGUUGACCUUAUUCUUUCAUGGAGUCCUGUGAAGGAAGGCAAUGUACGGGAACUGAUCCAGUGGAAAACUUCUCUGGGAGUCCGGGCACAGACUGUUAUCCUUGGAACUUGCAUUGAUCCCAAUGCCAAAAAGAAAGCCAAAGGGAGAGGAAGAGCACCUCUGAAGCCACAAAAUGCCUCCAUAGGACAGUUGGGGGCCAAGAAGCCAGUAGCCGUUCCUGCUCCCAAGGCUCCCCGGGGAGGCAAACGGGUACUUAAGCCUGCUGGCAAGAAGACUGGUAGUGAAAACAAGCCACCAGUAUUCCAGGAACCAGUUGUUAGACCUGAGGCCUUUAAUUUUGCUGAAUCAACCCAUAGGGGGAAGAAGCAAGCACCAUCAUCAAAGAAUUCAAGGAGAGUGGUCAUCUCAACCUCAAGUCAAGAGAGUGUUGUAGUUGAUCCUGUGACAUUAAACUCCACAAGGAAUUCGGAAGUGUGUGCCGAAACAGAGAGCCUGUGCGUCUCAGCAAUUGAAUCGGAAUCUGUGGCUUCCCCUACGAAGCACAGGCCACACUCCAAGCAACACCCAAGAAAGGGGCUCAAACAUCAUGUGGCCUGGAAAGAUGUCUCGGAUUCAGAAGACUUCACUGCCAGGAGGAUGACGUAUUGUUUGCCAGGGCAGGAAGAGGUGACAGAAAUUCAUCAGGUUGUUGAUGAAGAGUUGACAGAAAUUAACAUAAAGCGUGAGGAGGUCUAUGAAGUGUUUUACAGUGUGACAGAAGAAGUGAUGCAGGAUGGAACACGGGAGACUUUUAUUACCCCUAGCGCCCCAUCCCUUAUUUCUACCAAAGAGAGGACACUAAAGCAGACUGAAUCCAAGCAUUCAGAGGAAGUUUGGCAAGUCCAUGAUGCCAUACAUCAGCAAUCGGCGGAGAUGCCAUUGAGACGGCAAACCUUUGCAAAAGGAGCAAAGGUAGGCACUCAUGAUUGUGCAGAUGGAGAUAUCCAUUCCAUCAAUUAUUUAACAACAGAAAGUACAGCUUUUUCAAAUGAAACAUUCAGAAAGAUAGUUGGUCAACUUCCCCCGUGCAAUGCUGAAGAAUCUCCAAUGAGACGGCAGACUUUUGUUGCAUCAAAACCUGAGAAGUUCAGAUCAAUGGAAGGUGACAGUCUGCCUGUUUGCAAUGGACUAGCUACACCACUGCGAAGACAGACAUAUCUUACUACAGAAACUAAUGACUUCAAAAGUGUUGAGAAUGGGAACCUGCCAUUGUGUGAUGUUGAAGAGUCACCACUAAGAAGAAAAACUUUUGUCAAGAAAGACAAGGACUUCUUACGACGUCAAAGCCUGUUUCACCGAGAUGAUAUAGAGAACCUUGACAGCUAUAAAGAUUGUCACACAUAUAAUGAUGUUUGCAAGCAAUUUGAAAAUUCAAAUGCCUCAGACACCUCAACACCAACUAUGGGUUCAACUCCUCCUCUUCGGGGUGACUCCUCGGUCACUGGACUUCAGAUGACUCCAAUCACUCCUGCUCCACUAACAGGUAUUAGUAGUUUAGCAUCCAUGAAGGCUUCAUGUAUGAAUCUUUUGGAAAAGUUGAACUCUGAAGAGGUUCCUGACACGCCAAAGCCAUCAUCUAAAGCUGAAGUAAAGGGCUCCCUGUGUUCUGGCUAUAAUUCUUUUUCCCCAGAUACAGAUAUGUACACAGCUCCUGGCUCCCCUUCAUCAGAGUAUGAAACGGCACCAAGUACACCUCCUGAGCCAGCUCUUACUAUUGAGGACUUCAAUGUUUCUGUAGAAUUUCCAACACCAAAGAUUGGGGAACAUGUGUCCAAACUGAGGUCUGUGAAUCUAGAAGAUGUUUCACUUAUGCUCAAGCAAGAGUUAGAAGGCCAAAGGAAAGAAGGUUUGGAAGAAAGCAUCAGCACAGAUAGUCUUGAGAAGACAUUUAGCCCAGAGAAAGUUUUAACAGAGAACCUACCAGUUUCGCAUCAGCAUGAUUUGUAUGUAGAACAUGGAAGGGAAAGCUCUGAUUGUCAGAGUCCAAUUCCCCAUCACCGAUUGAGUACUGAGACGAUUACAAAGGAGACAUCUAUUUUGCAUCCUGAUGACAUUGUAGCAGUUGAUGAGCACCAUAAUAGCUGUGAGACAGUAGUCAGAGAUUUACCAACAUUUUCACCAUCAUCCUUGCCACAGGUAACAGAAUUCAGUAAUCCUCGCAGGAUGAGUGACAUAGGAUUGCAAAGAUGUAAUAAGAAAAAGCAGAAUUUACGUAAGAGUGAUUCUUUCUUGGAUGGUGUUAAGCCUUAUCAAAGUGAGGCUCUAGAUGAGCUGCUCCUCUUUAAGGGAGUUGCAAAGGAAACUGAAUUUGCUCCUGAGUUGAUACAGGAGGUACAAGAUGAGGACUUCAUUAUAGCUUCUGCUGCAGACUUUAGUUUUGAUCCCAGUAUAGAUCCUCGGCGAUGCUCCACAGGCAGAAAACCCUUGCCACCUGAUGAGCUAACUGAACAGCGAAGGUUAUCAGAUAAAUGCCGUCAGCUUUUCCUUGCAGCUGAGGAAGUGUCACAAGUCGUACAGUGUUCAGAAACUUUUGAUGCUGCUCCUGCUCUUGGUCUCAGCACAAUACUUGAAGUAGAAGAGGCAACAUUAGCCAUUCCCCUCAACAAAACAUGUGAUGUGCCUCUCAGCAGAACACAUGAACUUCCCAUGAACAAGACACAGGAGUUAUCAGUAAACAAGACCCAGGACAUGCCCAUGAAUAAGACUCAUGACAUACCUCAAAACUGUUCUGAGGAUGUACCCUUUAAUAAAACACAUGAUUUACCUAGAAACAAAGCCGAAGACUUGUCAUUGAACAGAACUCAUGAUCUACCCAAAGACAAAAACCAAGAUGUGCUUAUGAGCAAAACUCAAGAUCUGUUGAAUGAUGGAAAUCACCAUCCAUACCUGAGCAAAUCUGAUGAGUUCCCUAUUAACCAGACACAUGAUCUAUCCAUAAGUAAAACACAGAAUCUACCUGUGAAUAAAGCACAGGAUCUAUCCAUGAAUAAAACAAAAGAUCUAUCCAUGAAUAGAACAAAGGAUCUAUCCAUGAAUAAAACACAGGAUCUACCUUCGAAUAAAACACAGGAUCUACCCAUGAAUAAAACACAGGAUCUACCCAUGAAUAAAACACAGGAUCUACCCAUGAAUAAAACACAGGAUCUACCCAUGAAUAAAACACAGGAUCUACCCAUGAAUAAAACACAGGAUCUACCCAUGAAUAAAACACAGGAGCUUCCCUUGAUUAAAACACAAGGUUUGGAGGAGGUACAAGAUGUGUUUGUCAAUGAAACCCAAAAUAAGUCCACAAGGGAAACACUCCAGUUACCUGCAAAUAUGACUCACAAUUUAACUGGGGAAAAUGCUCUAGAUUUACAGCUUGAUAAGACACGCAAUCUGCACAUGAUUAGGACAAGGGAUUCAUCCUUUGGGAAAACCCAAGUACUGAAUCACAGGUAUGAAAGUAAGAUCACAGAAUCAUAUCAGUCUCAUGUUUGUGAGUCCUCGGAAGAAUUUACUUCUGGAACUCAAAUUAUCCCGGAGAAAGUAGAGCUACAACAAGAAGUAUAUUUUGCUAAUUCAGAUGUAAGAGUUGUUGUGAACAAGGAAGAAGUAUCAUCAGAUGUUUCGCAGAAGAAAGAUGAGGGAGAGAAGCACGGACUGUUUAUUGAAAUCUCGCCAACACGUCCUAAGAGGCCACCAGAAGAACAGCAAAGGAAAAGUGUGCCAAAGCGAAGCAGGGUGAAUCCUGCUCCUGGAGUCUCUGUUAGAGUGUCUUCACUCAAGUCACGAAAUGAUAAACAGAGUCCAAAGAAACUGUCUGUAGUAUCUAGCAAGUGCAAGAGUCCACGUAAACCUCCUGUUGUUAGAAACACUACGGCAACAAAGGCAGCACCAAGAAGCUCUUUAGUUGGGAAAGAGAACACAGUGCGAGCUCCAUCUGCAUCGCAGCCUUCAAGGACUCUUGGCCAAACCAAAUCCAUUUCAGGGUCCCGUCUAAGUAGAUCAUCAUCUCGUCCCAAACUUGCCACCAUGUCUGCUUCGACCUCUUGUCUUGCUAGUACUACCACUCACUCUGCUCCAGUCCGUCAUUCUUCUGUCACAGAUGUAAACGGUGGUCUCAGUAACUCAACAGAUAGUAUUAACAGCUCCAGCUGCUCUUUGUCCAAAUCAUCCUCGGCACGUGGCCUCAGUGCAUCAGCUUUGUCAUCAACAUCUUCAAUAAACCGCAGAAAGCUGGUCUCAAAGAGUGGUGUGAAGGGUCCACAGUCCAAACUAACUCUGAUCAAAUCAAACAAAACAACCAUUGUGCACCACCCAAAUCCAUAUGCUGCAAAGAACAUGUACUAUGAUGACCGCUGGGUGGAGAAGCAAAUAGCAGGUUUCACAAAUUGGCUGAACUUCAUCCUAACUCCUCCAGAGGAAGAGGAUGUGGCAUCUAAAGUGAAGAAAGUUGAUAUGGGCAAGCUGUGGUCAGAGGCCACAAGGACUUCACGAAUAGAAGUUGCACCAACCAAGGAAGUGAUGUCCCUUAGAGCUUACACAGCAAGACGAAGGCUCAACAGACUGCGCAGAAAAGCCUGCAAGUUCUACCAGAGCCCAGAGGUGGUUGAGGUGGUGGCCAAACUUGAGACAGCCAUUGACAAAAAGUUGUUAGCCAUUCGCAAAGACAGGCUGACUCAUGCUGAUCUUGGCUUGAAGCAGAUGAUGCUCCAGUUAGUGCUCUCUUACAAUCCCCUUUGGCUACGCAUUGGGCUGGAGACUGUAUAUGGAGAGCUCCUUCACCUGAACUCUAACAGCGACAUGACUGGUAUUACACGCUUCAUUAUUACACGGUUACUAAACAAUCCAGAUAUAGCUGCCCAUUUUGCUCACCCUUCUGUGCCACAUUGCUACCGUGCUGGCUAUGAGGAGGCUAUCAAGAACUUCCAGCUAAAGAAGUUCCUCUUGCUGGUGUUCUUCCUAGAUCAUGCCAAAACUACCCGCCUGAUGGACCAUGACCCUUGCUUGUUCAACAAGGAAGCAGAGUACAAGAGUAGCAGAGACAUCCUGAUUGCCUUUGCAAGAGAAUUCUUGUCUGGUGUUGGUGAUAUCACAAAACACCUGGGAUACUUAGGUUACACUGUAACCCACAAACAAACUGUUUUGGAGGAGUUUGAUUAUGCUGUAAAAAAUCUAGCCGUGGACUUGCGUUGUGGUAUCAGACUGACACGGGUGAUGGAAAUGUUGACAAAGAACUUUAAGCUGAGUCCUAAGAUGCGAGUCCCAGCAAUCAGUAGGCUGCAGAAGGUCCAUAACACAGAUGUGGCACUCACUGCUUUGGAACAAGCAGGCUGCAAUGGGGUUAGGGCCAAGUUCCCUUCCAAAGACAUUGUAGAUGGCCACAAGGAACAGACACUGGCUUUGCUUUGGACAAUAAUUUUCAAAUUCCAGGUAUCUGUGAUAGUGUCAGAGGUCCGUCUUCGUGAGGAGAUUGGAUAUCUUCGCAGGUCAUUGGUGGUAAGGUCUCAGCUUGAGCAGCGGGCUCGUGCUGGACUGGAGUCUGUCAGUGAGGCAGUAAUUGAGCUUGGUCAGCUGUCUAAGACAGAAAAGGGAAGUGAUGAAACUUUACUCACAUACCUGAAGCUUUGGUCCCAAUUUGCUUGUGCUCACUACGGUGUUCAGGUUGAAAAUUUGACAGUCUCCUUCUCUGAUGGUCGUGCGCUGUGCCUCCUUUUGCACCACUAUUACCCAGACCUCAUGCCUUUACACCUGAUCAACUUGGAAACCACUCAGAAUAUGCCCUCUCAGGGAAUAAAUCUGGAUAUAUCAGUGGAUGAUAGUUUUACCGACAUGACGUAUACAGACACGACAGACAAGGAAGAGUACAACCGGCGUCUUGCAAAUGAGAAGGAGAAUUUUGCUGUUUUUGUUGAUAAGCAUCGUGCAGCCCAUGUCAUCCAGGCUGCAUACAGACGCUAUAUUGUGGGACGAUACUUGAAGCAGUCCCAAGCAGCAUCAUGCAUCCAGAAUGCUUGGAAGGCCUACACCCAAAGACAAGCCUUCCUUAAAGCAAGAAAUUCUGCUGCCAUUAUCCAAGCAGCUUUCAGAGGUUGGAAAUGCCGAAGACAGUUUCUUAUGACCAAGCGAGUCAUCACUCAUAUUCAGAGAGAAUAUAGGAGGAAGUUAAUUGUCAGGAGGCUCACCCAAGAGUACAAACUGAAAUGCAAGGCCAUUGUUUCAGUACAAAAAUGGUGGAGGAAUGUUCUCAAGAAGAGAGAACAUGAAAGACAGUUGAGGGAGCACCAAGCAGCUGCAACCAUCAUAAACUUCUUUAAAAUGUGUGUUCAGAGGAGAUCUUUUCUGGAAAAGUACAAGUCAAUCAUUCUUUUGCAGUCACAUGUUCGUAGACUACAUUGCCAAAAGAAGUACAUCAACACUUUAAAAUCUGUAUUGUUAAUACAGACCAAGUGGAGAGCUACACUCUUAGCACGUGAAAUGAGAGCACAGUACUUGGAACUACGGAAGGUAGCCAUAACUCUGCAAACUCACAUUCGCUGCUACUUGGUUCGUAAGGAGUAUACUGCCGUUAGAUCAUCAGCCAUUGUCAUACAGAAGACUUACAAAAUGAAAAAACAGAGAAAGACAUACCUUGAUAUGCAAAAAGCUGCCUUGAAUUUGCAACAGAGGUGGAGAAGUAGAAAACAAAUGCAAGAACAUCAAAACAAGUACCAGAAAAUGCGUGAAGCAGCUGUGAAGAUUCAGGCUUUCAGAAGAGGCUAUAAAGUCCGUAAGGCAUUAAUGGAGAAGCAGAAAGCGGCAGUAUGUCUUCAGGCUGCUUAUCGCAUGUGGAAGGAAAGAGAAAGUUACAGAAAGAAAAGGAAUGCAGUAAUAUCAUUACAGACACACAUAAGAGCAUGGUUGUACAUGAAGCAAGAUCAAGUAUAUUAUCAGAGUAUAAAGACUGCUGCUGUUAUUGUUCAGGCCAAUUGGAGAGGGAAAGUAGUUCGUGAAGAAUUCUUGCUUGUAAAGAGAUCUGCUGUACUUAUUCAGGCUUUGUUUAGAGGCUGGAAGGUAAGAAGACAAUACAACAAGGAGGUAAAUGCUGCAAUCUCUAUUCAGAGAUGGUAUACUGCAACAAAAGCUAUGAAGCAAGAAAAUGAACGAUAUAGGAGGUUAAGGUCUAGUGCAAUUAUCAUCCAGUCUGUCUUCAGAGCAUAUCAGGAAAGGAUAUAUUACUUGAAAACGCUGAAGUCUGUCACAAAGAUUCAAGCUGCUGUUCGAGGAUGGCUAAAACACCAACAGUACAUGAAGCUGAGAGCUGCUGCUGUAAUGGUCCAGCAAAAAUAUCGUGCGAAAAAACAGAUGGAAGAGCAGCUGAAUGCAUAUAGUGCUAUGAGAUCUGCUGCUGUCAAGAUACAGUCACAGGUGAGGAUGUACUACUGUAGGAAGCAGUAUCUUGUUAAAUGUAGUGCUGCAGUCACCAUUCAAAAGUAUGCAAGAGGUUUUAUAGCCUUCAGGAAAUACCAGCAUCUGAAAAAGAAUGUGAGAGUUAUUCAGAGAUAUGCCCAUGCAUGGUUAGAGGCAAGAAAGGUACAACAACAGUACCAGGAACUAAAGCAGGCCACUGUUCUGCUUCAGGCACACAUCAGAGGGUUCCAACUUAGACGAAACUUACAGAAAAAGAGAGCAGCUUGUAUUAUGGUUCAGAGCAUGUAUCGAAUGAAGCGGGAACAGAGGCUUUACCAAAGAAAGAAAGAAGCUGCUGUUAAAAUUCAGAAUGCUUACAAAGCUUACAGACUAGGAAGGGAUGUGCUCUGUCAGUACAUGACCCAGAGGAAAGCAAGCAUUAAGAUACAGAAUUACUGGAGAAUGUAUCAAGCAAGAAGCAGUUAUUCUCAAAAACGUCUUGCUGCCAUCACAAUCCAACAGCGUUACAGAGCCUGGAACCUUGGUUGUGAAGCUUACAAUGAGUAUCAGAGGAGAAAGAAGGCCUGUAUUGCCAUUCAAGCUUGGAUAAGAAUGCUAAAAGCCAAGAGGCAGUAUGCCAUGAAACAAAGAGCUGCCUUGGUUAUUCAGCAGCAAUACCGAGCCAUUGCUUUGGGCAGAAAGGAACAGAAAGAGUUCCACACCCUGAAGACUGCCACCAUUAAAUUACAGUCAAAAUAUAGAAUGCGUAAGCAACAGACACAGUAUCAACACGAAAGAUCUGCUGUUUUGGUUCUUCAGAAAUACACUCGAGCAUAUCUGGCCAUGAAAGCUGACCAAGAAAUGUUUGCAGCCAAGAAAAAAGCAGCUAUACUUAUCCAGGCAACGGUACGAGGAUGGCUCCAACACCGAGAUUAUAACCUAGAACGUGCUGCCUGUAUCAGAAUACAGACUUGGUUCCGGUGCCAGCUAGCCCACAAAGCAUACCUGGCCCAGAAGAGGGCAUCACUCACAAUUCAGCGGUACUAUCGUGCAUAUAGGCUGGGAAAACAGAUUCAAGAUGAGUACAAAAUAACAAGAAAUUCAGUAAUUAUCCUGCAAGCCGCCACUAAAGGUUAUUUAACCAGAAAGCACCUCAAAAAGAGACAAAGGGCAGCAACCAUCCUACAAGCAAAAUUCAGGGGAAGAAAAGAAUACCUGUCCUACAACAGGAAGAAGGCUGCAGUUUUGACUCUGCAGCGGCAUUACAGGAACAAAAUGUUAGGGGACAGCAUUCGGCAACAUUUCCUGGAGAUGAGAGAGAGCAUUGUGUCUAUACAAGCUCUGGCAAGGGGUUUUCUUGUGAGGAAGGAAAUGAAGAGAAGAUCAGAUGCUGCUUUGGUCAUUCAGAGCUUCUGGAGGAUGCACAUCCUGCAAAAUGAAUUUGCAAAACAAAAGACUGCUGCAGUUAUUCUCCAAAAGGCUUAUAGAAGUCAUUGCUUGACUAAAUCGGCUGUAGCAGAGUAUAAGAAAAUUAAGUUGGCUGUCUGUAUACUUCAGGCUAGUGUCAGAGGUUAUCUGGCUAGAAAAUUGUUAAGAGAACAGGUAAAUGCAGCCAUAUGUAUUCAGUCAUGGUUCCGUGGAUGGCAGCAGAAGAAGCUAUAUGGGCAUCAGAGACGUGGAGCAAUUACGAUUCAGAAGCAUUGCCGUGCAUACUUUGUUGGCAAAAAGGUAAGACAAGAAUACCAAUAUGACAAGAAAUGUCUUGUUAAAUCACAGGCUGUUGUGAGAGGGUUCCUUGUUAGACAAGAUUUGAAGAAGCAACAAGCUGCUGCUACUGUUCUACAGGCAUACAUUCGUAGACAUCUAGUAAGGAAGCAGUACCUGCAACAAGUAGAAGCUGCCACCUUCAUUCAAAGAUGUUAUCGUAGGUAUAUGUUGACACAGGAAAUCCACCAGCUGUACAAGACAAAACGCUUUGCUGUAAUAACCAUUCAGUCAGCUGUGCGUGGAUUUUUAGUAAGGAAAGAACUAAACAGAAAGCAUGAAGCAGCCACAAAGAUUCAAGCAAGAACCCGGGCAUGGCUAGUACAUCAACAGUAUGUGAAAUAUGUAGAAGCAAUUAAAACUAUACAAGUUCACUGGCGGGCAACUUUAUUGAUGAAAACGGAGCGUGAACACUAUCAUACUGUGCGAGGAGCUUUUGUCAGAAUUCAGGCCAUCUGGAGAGGGAGACUUGUGAGAAAGAAGCUUGAUGAACAACAUGUUGCAGCAACUGUCAUUCAGUCUCAUGUUCGUAAGUUCUUAGAGUACAAGAGAUAUCAGAAGAUACAGAGUUGCACAGUGCAGAUACAAAGAUGGUGGCGCAACAUUCAUUUGAGUUUGACAAUACGCAAAGAGUAUAUUAUAAGAAAGGAAGCUACUCUUGUUAUCCAGUCAGUAGUGCGAAGAUUUUUGAAGAGGAGAAAGGAUGAGAGGGAAAAUAAGGCUGCCACAAUCUUGCAGGCUCAGUACCGAGGUUAUGUCCAAAGACAGAAAUAUCUGAAGGAAAGGCAGAGUGUUAUAAAGAUCCAAAGAUGGUGGGUGUUGCUGAGAGAGAAACAGAGAGCACAUGGGGAAUACAUGAAAAUUCAAAGGGCAACUCUGAUACUGCAAGCAGCAUUUAGAGGGAUGAAAGUGAGAAGAGCCAUUGAAGUGCAAAGAAAAGCACAGGUCAGAAUUGCAGCCUCCUUUAGAGGCUGGCGUGUUCGUCAAGAGAAUUUCCAGAAGGUCCAGGCUGCAACUCUGUUGCAGAGAUGGUGGAAGGGAAUACGGCUGGCUAGAGAAGAAAGAGAGAGGUAUUGUCUUGUAAGAAAUUCAUUGAUCAGACUUCAAGCUACUGCUCGUGGUAUGUUGGUGCGCAAGGCAAUCUCCCAAAAGCACAAAGCUUCAACUAGGAUUCAGGCAGUCAUGCGAGGCUGGUUGUUACGAAGAAAGUUCCUCAACACUGUUCAAAGUGCUAUAACUAUACAGAGGUGGUGGAGGAGUUUAAGGAAAGUGAAAAUGGAAGAACAGGAGUACCAAGCUAAGAGAAAUGCCACAAUUACACUCCAGAAGUGUUUCCGUGGACUGAUGGUACGGAGGAGAUAUAUUCAGAAGCGGGAUGCAGCUGUGAAGAUCCAGGUAUAUUUCAGGCAAUGGUUAGCUCAUCAGAGAUACUUGAGAAUUGUGCAAAGCUCAGUUUUAAUACAGAAGUGGUGGAGGAGUAUUAAGGAAAUGAAGGAAGAACAGAAGAAAUACCAGCUGACUAGAGAAGCUGCUGUGACCUUCCAGUCAUACUUCAGAGGCAUGUGUGUGAGACGUGAGAUGAAGCAGCGUAGGGAGGCAGCUGUGAAGCUCCAGUCCUACUUGCGGGGUUGGCUAGUGCGCAGAGAAUAUGCAUGGCAGGUCAAGAGAGUAGUUACUAUCCAGCGUUGGUGGAGAACUACUAAACUAGCCAGAGAAGAAAGGCUAAGAUACAUAAGAAUGAGAAAUGCUGCUAUUGUCAUUCAGUCAUAUGCCAGAAGGAUGCAAGUCACCCAAGAACUGAAGAAGCAGAACGAUGGAGCCUUAAAAAUUCAGGCCUACUUCCGUCGUUGGUAUGUCCAAAGAGACUAUCACCGUAAGAUGGAUGCAGUUGUCAAGCUGCAGAGAUAUUGGAGAGGUGCAUACCAGACACUGCGAGCACAAGAACGAUACAUCUAUAUGAAACGUGCAGCUGUCAUUAUUCAAGCUGCAUGGAGAGGAAGACAAGCCCGCCAGGUGCUUAAACAUUCCAAGGCUGCUUGUAUUUUACAGGCUUAUGUUCGUGGAUGGUUUGCACGUCGCUAUGUGAAGGAAGAAAGACGAAGAAUACACCUGAGACGUGUGACCAAGGUGACCAAAGUUCACAUGGCUGCCAUUACCAUCCAGCGAUCUUUCCGUCGCCAUCAAGCCAUGGUACGCGCUAAGCAGACCAUAGAAUCAGUGGUAAAGCUGCAGCAAUGGAUGCGUGCAGUAUUACAGAGGAGGCGCUACCUGAAGCAGCGUGAGGGAGCAGUUGUCAUCCAGAGAGCCUGGCGUAGGAAGUUAGAGAAGAUCAAGAAGGAGCGUCGUGUAAGGGCUGCAACAGUUUUACAAGCAGCUUGGCGAGGACGAGUUGCCCGACGUGCUUUGAAAAACAAGAAGUUGAAUGAUGUCCGGCAGAGGUUGGAAGCAGCUACACGAGAGGCCACAGAUGCCAAGCGUAUCGGCAAUAGGACUGUUUGUGCGAUAUCCUACCUGAUAAAGUACAAGGACCUUAAGAGGAUUUUGAUAGCCGUCAUGUACUUAGACACAAGCACACGCUGGUCUCCACCUUGCUGUGAGAAGCUGUCUGAGGGAGUAGCCCUUGACACAAUUAUGUUUUUAUUGAGGUCAUGCAACAGAUCUAUCCCUCACAUGCAGAUCCAGAGUUAUGUUUUGAAUAUCCUUAUUAACCUGGCAAGGUACCCGUACACAGCACCAUCAUUGCAUAGGUUGGAAGGCCUAGUUGAGUCCCUUAUUCAGCUUAUGACCAUAUACUACGAGAAAGGCCCUGCUAUUUUUACCAAGUGUUGCACCCUGCUCUACAUCUUGACAACAACGAACCCACCACAGAAAGAUAUGGGCACAUCCAAAGUCAAGGAUGAAUUAAGAAGCCUGAAAAACUUGAUGAUCCGGCGUGAGAAUGCGAGUCUACGUGGCCAGCGACCAGCCAAGCGCAAUCCGCUCCCAGCAUCCCAGCUUCCAGCUAUUACCCCGGAAUGGGCUCUCAAGACCAGCCAUCCGAGGGAGUUUGAAGAGCCCAUGCUGGCGAUAAUUACACUGCUAGCCAGGCUAUCUCUUGUGAAACAUGAGGCAUAGGACUGUGCUUAGGACCAUUCUGUGAUGGAUUUUAUCUGUCAUAGUUUAUUUGAUUAUUUUCUUCUGAAAUUUUUUACAUUAAUGUUAGUUGUGUAUUGUCUUUUUGUGCAUUAACAUAAUUGGUAAUGGAAACCAUAUUUUUAUAUAUAUAUAAGAUGACAUACAAACUACUUCUUAGAAAUGUACUUUUUUGUCUUGAAAUAACAAUAUAAUUGUUAGAAAUCAUAUAUUUUUAUGCUGAUAUUAUUGGCUUUGAUGUUGCUUUCAUCUGAAAAGGAUAUCUAGGUUUUAAGUUUUUUACUAUGUAAGAUUUAUAACGUGGGUUUACUUUUCCUGAUGUAUAUAUAUGUAUCAAUAUAUAUUGGUGUAGGGAAAUUGAGCCUUCCAUGUGCUUUGAAAACAUUAUCUAUGAAAAAUAUUUCAACCAAUGAUUAUUGCCAAACUCUCGACUUGGCAUUAUAGAUAAAAUAGCUUUAACAUAUAGUUGCCUGUUAGUAGCUGAACCCACACAUCACAAUGCUACAAUGCACUGCCAUUAUGUAGUUAAGGUUACUCAUCCUACUACAGACUCAUUUAUUACUUUUAUUCACGAUUUUCUCAUUUUUUCCCUUCAUCCAGCGAACUUAUCAGCCUUUUUGUACAUAUUUUGCGCUGUUUAAUUGUCAUGUAAACUCCAUUAAUCACCACAUCCCAUUUCUUUAUUGUUUACUUUGUCUUUGUAAUAAGUUUGUGUGCAUUUUGAGACAACUUACUCUUCUGCUACCUGUACUUAGGAUGUAAGUUGGAAAGAUUUUUUCUUUCAAAGUUAUGUAAAUAAACCAAUUUACAUGUA